UAUACUACUUCCCGUUUGAAGCUAUUCCUGCGAUAAAGUGUCGAUACAUAGAGAACGUUUCAAAGAACAUUUUGCUCUAUUUAGUGUUUGUGGUUGUUUCUUAACUAAGACUGUACAUCUAGAAGACAAUGGGACAAUGUGUGUGCUGCACGAAAUGCAGAAGGCAACCAUCUCAACAUGAAGUAAUUGUACACCUUGAUGAAGUCUGUUUGUCUCAACCUAUUUCUAAUCCUGAUAUACCAAUAGCACUGGAGGACCAGGGACCAUCAGAACGACUGUUGGUUGCGGCCAUUGAUAUAGGAACAACAUUUUCUGGAUAUGCAUUCUCGUUUCUUCAUGAGUACCUCUCUGACCCUAUGCGAAUAAGUACUAAUAACUGGCCGCAUGAGAACGGGAUGUCCAUGAAAGCACCAACAUCAAUUCUUCUUGGUCCUGAUGGAAAUUUGAAAGCGUUUGGAUACGAAGCUAUCAGCAAAUUUGGAGAUUUGGCAGAAAAUAAUCAGCACCAAGACCAUUAUUUUUUCGACAAGUUCAAAAUGAAUCUGUACCAAAGUAAUCUUUCAACAGAAUUUAUCCUCUCCGACAUAAAUGGGAAAACAAUGGUAGCUGUUGAUGUUUUUGCAAAAACCAUUUUGUACUUUAAACAACACCUUGAACAACGAGUUAGGGAAUGCUUGGAUUCUAGUUUCAAAUUAUCUACAGACGACGUGCAGUGGGUUGUGACUGUUCCAGCUAUUUGGGAUGAUAAAGCUAAAUUUUUCAUGAGAAAAGCGGCUGAGAAGGCUGGUAUUGAAAGAAGAAACUUGACACUGGCUAUUGAACCUGAAGCUGCUUCGUUGUAUUGUCAACAUCUUCCAACAUACAAACCGGCAGUCCAUCACUAUGCUGAAAAAUUCGACGUCUUUAGACCAAAAAAUAAAUACAUGGUUGUCGACCUUGGUGGUGGAACUGUUGACAUAACCGUUCACAGAGUUCUCGAAAACGGUGCUUUAGAGGAAGUAUAUCAACCAACAGGUGGGCCAUGGGGAGGUUCCACAGUCGAUGACGAGUUUCGUGCACUUCUUGUCAGUAUUUUUGGCCUUGAGGUAUUUGAGGAGUUUAAAAACCAAUUUACAGCAGAUGUGGUUGAUCUCCUUCAGGCAUUCGAAUUAAAGAAACGCUUUUUUGAGCCUGACAAGGAUACACCUUUGUCAUUAAAGCUACCAAUGUCUUUAGUGGACCAUUACAAACAUCGGAGUGGACAGGAUUUCCAAGGACUAUUGAAAACCAAAUUUAAUGGAGAAAUAAUGUUAAUUCAAGACAAAUUAAGGGUUUUCCCAAAGACUUUCCAUCGAUUAUUUAACAAAUCAAUUUCAUGUAUUGUGAGGCAUAUUCAGUCUUUAUUAGAAAAGGAACAAGUUUCUGGUGUUAGUGUCCUACUUUUGGUUGGUGGGUAUGCCGAAAGUCGUGUGGUCAGAGAUUCUUUCGAAACUCAUUUUCCAAAUCUCCAAAUUAUUCAUCCUCCUGAAUCUGCUGCUUCCAUCUUGAAAGGAGCUGUAUUGUUUGGCCAUGAUCCCCAUGCCAUUGUUGCGAGAGUGUGUAAAUACACUUAUGGAAUAGCGAUGAUGGCUCCAUUUAAGGAAGGUUUAAGCGAUCCAAGAAAAAAACGUAUCAUCAAUGGAGAACUCAUAUGUGAUGAUGUGUUUGAUGUUCACUUGAGUGUUGGUGAACGAGUGUCCCUCUAUGAUAUCAGAACAGGGAAAGAAUACAGUUUACAUCGUGGACAGUCACACUCUUUGCUAGAAGUGUACGCAUCUUCCGUUCCACAUCCUGAAUACGUGACUGACAACUCCUGUACUAGGUUGGGCUCGCUGGUUUUGGAAGUGCCUCCUGAUACACACGAAAAUGAUAAAAUUGUCGUAUGUUUGUACUAUAGUGGAACCGAAUUAGGAGUGUCUGCGUUUAAUUUAAAAACUAAGCAGAAAACGAAAACAUACUUUGAUUUUCUGGGAUAAAGAAAUUGGAGUAAAAAAAAUUCACUCCCAGACACACUAUCGGAAAUUAUUUAAAACUAACAUAACAUGCCCAAGUAAAUCGUUUUUUGAAUUAAUUAGUAACCUACGCAUUUGAACCUAAUAGCAGAUCAUUUUAGACGCAUCUUUGGACUUACAUAUAAAUGUGAAAAAAAUAGCUGGAAUCUUAAUAAUGUUGCUAUUGAGUUUAUUGUAUCAUUUGAAAACGUCUUUUCAAAGCUAACGUUAGGAGAAAAUGCGUCUGAAUAAGAUGUAAUCUAAUUAAAAUUGGACUUUUAAUUGUUCUUUUACGAUCCUCUAUACAUAGAUCAAACAUUAACUUCCUUAUAGCUUACAGUGUCACCUAUGAGGGACCUAUCUAUGAAAUUAUCGUUGUCGCAAUUUUUGCUGAUAGUUCGGACUUUCUUUUUCAACCUUAUUGUCCCAGGCGUGUAUGUAGUAAACAGAAUCAAGACAAAGUGCAUGUGCGAUGCUAAUUUUGUGUGUGGUAUUUUUUUUUUUAUAAAAGAAUUGCCAAUUGAACAAUCUUGUGCACAUUUUUUGCAGGUAAAAGUUGCAUUUAUUGAAAACCAAUUACCUAAGUUGUCAGAGAUAAUACUACCAAACAAUUUUUAUUGCCAAUAAACAAGUCCUUAUCCUUUAUUAGACUAACCUUACAUGUUGUCAAUAUCUAAUAUCAGUUUCACAUUUCACGCAGUCUCGUUAUUCUCCCGAGCAAGACCGUCAAAAAUUGCAAUGGAUUAGAAUAAGUUUAUCUUACCAUUUUACAGAAAAUAACGAAUGUUAAAAACUUUAAUAAUAUGUGGCACUAAAAGUUUUGUUCCAUGAAUACAAAUAUUCCCGAUUUAUUAAUAUUAAUAAUAAAAAUAAUAAGUGACAGUUUUAUAAAAAAAUUUAUCUCUUACUAUAUCUUUUUAAUGCU